AUGUCCCCGUUUGCUGAGGCAGAGCAGCCCGUGGCGCUGUUUCUCUGAGUCCGGGGUGGCCUGGUGGCCAGACGAGGACGAGGGUCGGCGGGGGCUGCCCCCCGCGGUGGUGCCCGCCAUGCUGGAGGCCCGGGCGGUUGAGGGAGCUGCGGUGGCGCUCCUGCGACUGCUGCUGCUGCUGCUGCUGCCGCUGCCGGCGCUCCGGGGGCCGGAGCUCGGCGUGGCCGGCUUGGCGGGGGCCGGGCUGCCCGACAGCGUCAUUUGGGCCGUCAACGCGGGCGGCGAAGCGCAUGUGGAUGUGCACGGGAUCCACUUCCGCAAGGACCCUUUGGAGGGCCGGGUGGGCCGAGCCUCAGACUAUGGCAUGAAACUGCCAAUCCUGCGCUCCAACCCCGAGGACCAGAUCCUGUAUCAAACUGAGAGGUACAAUGAGGAGACUUUUGGCUACGAAGUGCCCAUUAAGGAAGAGGGUGACUACGUGCUGGUGUUGAAAUUUGCUGAGGUCUACUUUGCACAGUCUCAGCAGAAGGUGUUUGAUGUGCGAUUGAAUGGCCACGUUGUGGUGAAGGAUUUAGACAUCUUUGACCGCGUUGGGCACAGCACAGCCCACGAUGAGAUCAUCCCUAUGAGCAUCAGAAAGGGGAAGUUGAGCGUCCAGGGAGAGGUGUCUACCUUCACAGGGAAGCUCUACAUUGAGUUUGUCAAGGGGUACUAUGACAAUCCCAAAGUCUGUGCACUCUACAUCAUGGCUGGAACAGUGGAUGAUGUACCAAAGCUGCAGCCUCAUCCAGGAUUGGAAAAGAAAGAAGAGGAAGAGGAAGAAGAAGAAUAUGAUGAAGGGUCUAAUCUCAAAAGACAGACCAAUAAGAACCGGGUGCAGUCGGGCCCCCGCACGCCCAACCCCUACGCCUCGGACAACAGCAGCCUCAUGUUUCCCAUCCUGGUGGCCUUUGGAGUCUUCAUUCCAACCCUUUUCUGCCUCUGCCGUUUGUGAGAACCAAUUACCAUCCUGAACAGGGCAGAGGGGUAUGGGAAAGAAGCCAACACCUUGGUUUUGGUUUCUGUGCUUUUCACAGUGAUUAA